GCGAGUACGACCGCGAGGGCUACAUCCCCCCUACCCUCCCUACCACCCCGGCGCCUAGUACGUUCUGCGCUGAGGGCUGGGAGAGGCACCAAGGAAAGUGCUAUAAGGUCUUCACAGAACCGCGGACGUGGGGCAUGGCGGAAGGAACGUGCAACUCGUACGGCGCUUACCUGACGAGUAUUGGGAGUGCGGAGGAACAAGGCUAUUUGCAGAGCCUCCCUGGCAUCACUAGCAUCAGCGGCGACUUUCUCUCCAUCUGGGUUGGUCUCCAUCUCGCCUGGGAUUCACAGGCUAUUACUGGACAGAUGGGUCAGCAAUGGACUACGUCGAUUGGGAAGUUGGUCAGCCGGACAGCCAUCUGGGGAGAGAAGGAUGCGUUCUGGUCGAUAAAGUGACGUUCAAAAUGUCGGAUUCCGUGUGCGAUACGUUCCAGCCGUUCAUCUGCGAGGCGUCGGAAGGCAGCAUGCUGACGACCCAAGCUCCGCCCACCGAGACCCCGGAUGUGCCCUGUGACGACGACAACGCGUGGCUGCUGUUCAACGACUACUGCUACAAGUUCAUCUCCGAGGCCGACGAAGCGCCUCAGACGUGGUGGACGUCGCACAGGCUGUGUCGGGAGGAGGGAGGGGAGUUGGCGUCGAUCCACACCUACGAGGAGAACUACUGGAUCGUGUCGAAGAUCUACAACAAGACUGACCAGACGAUGUGGAUCGGCGGGCGGUCCAAGCUCGACAGCAGCUACGAAUGGCUGGAUGGCUCCGUCUUCGACUUCAUCAAUUGGGCCGAGGGCGAACCGAACGACUUCUUGGACCAAGAAGACUGCAUCGGCAUGUACACACGCGCAUCCGGGUACUGGAACGACCAGAACUGCGCCCACACCGAGGGUCGUAUCUGCAAACGACCCCAUCACUCCACGCUUCCUCCUGCGCAGACGACUGUCGCUCCCGAUGGGCACUGCCAGUCGGGGUGGCUGCAUGUCGGAUCGAAAUGCUUCAAGUAUUUCACGCAGAGAUUGACCUUCGAUGACGCGCGAACGGCUUGCCAAGCGCUGGGAGCAGGCGUGGAUAUGAUCAGUGUUCAUUCGUCCAGUGAACAGGCGCACCUCACAACCGCCAUGGGUCAGAUGCAGGUCAACACGUGGCUGGGGAUGAGGAACGAGCGAGGCUUCCACUGGGUCGACCAAACUGCCGUCACGUACACCAACUGGGCGCCGGGAGAACCGAAUGGGCACUACUAUGGGUCUUGGGGCCCGGGAGAAGACUGCGUAGAGAUGCUGACACACAACCGCGCCGGACAAUGGAACGACGCCAACUGCCUCGUCCGCCACGCGUACAUUUGCCAGAGGAAUAUGGUCGCUUAA